AGGAGGAAGAUGGCUUUCUUAUCAAAUCAGAGACGUAUUCGAUUCCUGAUUCACAGAUGCAGUAUCUCAUCCAAGAAUCAUCAACAGAAAAUCGUCUACAUUAUGAUCCUACGAUAGCUGGAGACACAGAUCAAGGCCGAACAACUCCACAAAACAGUGCUGAUGCCGAAUUUUGCCAAACUUUUGUUGACGAAACAGAAUGGAUGAAAUUAAAAUCGUCAGGCUAUGAUUCUUCUUACAGUGACAACAAACAAUCGUCAUUACCUUCCGAUCAGCAAAAGCUGUUUCAGUGUUCUGUUUGUCUCUACAAAACAAGAAGAAAAUCACACUUAUUUCGCCAUCAGCUCCCUCAUACCGGUGAAAAACUUUAUAAAUGUUCUGAAUGUUCCUUCAGUGCAAGCCGAAAAUCAUGCUUAGUUUGCCAUCACCGAACUCAUACCGGUUUAAAACCAUUUAAAUGUUCUGAGUGUUCUUAUUGUGCCAGUCGAAAAUCACAUUUACUUUGCCAUCAGCAGACUCAUAGCGAUAAAAAACGUCAUCAAUGCUCUGAAUGUUCCUACAGUACAAACCGAAGAUCAUCUUUAACUUCACAUCAGCGAACUCAUACCGGAGUAAAACUGUUCAAAUGUUCUGAAUGUCCCUACAGUUCGGUUAAAAAAUCUCACCUUAUAGUUCAUCAGAGGAUUCAUACCGGAGAAAAACCGUUCAAAUGUUCUGAAUGUUCCUACAGUUCGGUUCAAAAAUCUCAGCUUAUAGUUCAUCAGAGGACUCAUACCGGAGAAAAGCCGUUCAAAUGUUCUGAAUGUUCCUUCAGUACAAACCGAAGAACAUCUUUAACUUCACAUCAGCGAACUCAUACCGGAGAAAAGCCGUUCAAAUGUUCUGAAUGUCCCUACAGUGCAAGCCGAAGAUCAUCUUUAACUUUACAUCAGCGAACUCAUACCGGUGAAAAACCGCACAAAUGCUCUGAAUGCUCCUACAGUGCAAGCCAAAAAGCAUACUUAGUUGUCCACCAACGGACUCAUACCGGAGUAAAACCGUUCAAAUGUUCUGAAUGUCCCUACAGUUCGGUUCAAAAAUCUCACCUUAUAGUUCAUCAGAGGAUUCAUACUGGAGAAAAACCGUUCAAAUGUUCUGAAUGUCCCUACAGUUCGAUUAAAAAAUCUCACUUUAUAGCUCAUCAGAGCACUCAUACCGGUGAAAAAGCGUUCAAAUGCUCUGAAUGCUCCUACAGUGCAUGCAAAAUAAAAGCCAUAAUUAACCAUCGAAGGAAACAUGCCAGUAAAAUGCCCUUUCAAUCUCCAGAAUGUUUAAAUAACGCUAGUUAUGAUUCAACAUUCGUUCCCUAUCAGUGGAGCGAUAUUGAAGAGAACUCACAUACUUUUCAUGAUAGCAGUCAGGCUUUGAAUUCCAUCCAAAACGGUAGCAUUGGAGGACCCAUUUUCGUUAAACCGAUACCUUUCGUGAAACGUGUAACAUUUGUAAAGCCUCUGAACUUUGCUGACUCCAUUGUAUCCAUUCCCAGCUUACCUCCCAGUUCCUCCUUCAGUUAUCAACCAGCAUCUCAAAUGUCUCACCCUGCUCCUCUCACCUUCUCACCUGGUGAGUCUGUCUUCACACCUCCUCCCACUGUCUCACAUACCUACUCUACAACAAAUCCUCCCCCCUCUCAUAUCUCCAGUCAGUACAGUGGUUAUGAGCGAAGUGGAAGAAGUCUCUAGCUCAAUUUAAAUUAUCAAAGCAUAACACUGAUGUAAAAGGUCUAAUAAA